AUGCUAGGAUUCUCGAAUGAGGAUAAGAUCGAAACUAUUCAACCCCAUAAUGAUGCUCUAGUCGUCACACUCAGGAUUGGGAGAUAUGACAUGAAGAAAGUGUUAGUUGAUCAAGGCAACGCUGUGGAGGUAAUGUAUCUUGACCUAUACAAGGGGCUGAAGCUAAAGCCUGAAGACCUGACGGCAUUCGACUCCCCUUUGGUAAGUUUCGAAGGGAAAACCGUUACUUCGAGAGGCCAGAUUAGACUACUCAUACAAACUAGCUCGGACAUAGUAGAGGUGGACUUCAUAAUGAUGGAUGCGUAUUCGCCCUACACCACCAUUGUAGCUAAACCAUGGCUUCAUGCCUUAGGGGCUGUUUCCUUUACCCUACACCAGAAGGUGAAAUACCCAUCGGAAGGUCGAGUCAAAGAAAUCUUAGGGAACCAGGCCAUGGCUCGGCAAUGCAUGGUGUUCGACAUCUCACGACAACUGAGUUCCGAACCCUCAACCUCUACCAAGAACGGCUUAUAG